AUGAGUACACCAGCAUCUACCAUUGCCCCAAGACUGGCACUUUCGCCUAUCGCCAUUUCAGGAGGCUCCCCUCCUGCCACAGGCACCUCGUCGUCCAGAAGCAGCACGUCAGGUGCUGCCACGCCUAGACCGUCAGGUGGAGUCACCCAAAUCAUCACCUCCAAAGAAUGGGUGUUGCCACCGCGUCCCAAGCCAGGACGUAAGCCCAGCGUGGACACACCAGCGUCGAAACGAAAGGCCCAGAACCGAGCAGCUCAAAGAGCUUUCCGAGAGCGCAGAGCUACGCGAGUGCAGGAGCUCGAAGAGAAAUUGAUGGAAGUCGAAAAGGAGAAGGAGGUCAAGGAAAUGGGCCUCGUCAACACCAUCAACAAGUUGAAGGUGGAGAAUCAGUUCUUGUUGAAGAACUUAGAACAGAUCAGACACGAGUUGAAUGCCGUCAAGGAGAACCAACGCAUUCCCUCUGCAUUCAAGCCAUCGUACAACCUCGCCAACAACGCUUCCAACGCCUCCCCCACGAGCCACAACACCGGCUCGCCUGCAAGCUCGGCAUACUCAGUGCAGCAGAUCUCGCCAGCACCAUCCACAGAGUCGCCUCCCUCGUUCCACUCCCACAGAAAGUCGAUCUCGUCCACGUUCACUCCCAUCUCGUCUCACACCACACCCCACAAGCCGUCGGAAAACAACUUCGACUGCGGAGUGUGUCUCAAGGACGACUGUCUCUGUGAGUCUGUAGGCUUGAAAUCGGCCCAGAACGAGGCUGACAUCAACAAGAAGUUGGAGGACGCCAUCAAGUCGUUUAAGCCCAUGCCAGCAGUGUCACUUUCGAAGAAGCGCAAGGUGUCGUCGAUCAAGGAAAAUGACGGACCCUUGGAGAUCGACUUCACCCAGAAGUUCGCUGCCCAGACCAAGCCUGUGCCCCAGUUGAAGAAACCCAAGAGAGCCUCGCAUAGUGGAAACCAUUUGGAGAGCAAUAACCAGUACAACGACAGCUCGCCAGUGGAAGACUGUGGCUUCUGCUCUGAUGACACUCCGUGUGUAUGUCGUGAAGCUGCCAAAGAAGCUGCCAGAUUGAACAGUUCGUUGAAUGAGCAGUAUCCCAAUGAAGAUCCCAAGGACGAGACUGUGGGCCAGAGCAAGCAACUCCCACCAAUUUUGAACUCCAAGAGCUUCACCAGAAACGCAUCCUUGCCCGUGAUGCAUCCAGGACCAUCGGUGGAAAUACGAGAAAUCACUAACUUGACUCCUGGUGCUGUGCCUACCGUGCUCAACCCAACCACCAGAAUCACUGAACAGGGCCCAGAGAAUAAGGACUCCCCCAGAGAUUCCGAUGGUGGGUGUACGGGAAAUCCAGGUACCUGUCAGCAGUGUCAGAUGGACCCAAUGUCAACUUUGUUCUGUACUACAGUUGCUAACAAGGCCCAGGAAGAAUCGUCAACGCCUUCUUCUGGCGAGCAGUCCAUCAGUCCUUCACCAAAGCCCAUGAUUUCUCGAACUGACUCCAAGGCAAGUAUACCUUCGAUAUCUGUUGGCUCGAUGACCGCUCCUUCCACCCCAUCGUCAGCUCCUCCUCCGCUCAUAGCUACCAACAAUCCUGCCACAUCCACCUCGGGAAUGUUCAUACCCUGUGCUGAUGCCUACAAGACUUUGUCUCGGCACAAAAAGUUCAACUCUGUGGAUUUCAGCACGUUGGUUGGUAAAUUGACCACUAGAGGCAUGCAGGUUGAGGUACAAUCUGUGGCUAAUGUGUUGAGAGAGUUGGAUAGAAGAGUCUACAAUUAG